AUGUCGGCGGCGGCAGUGGUUGCACAACGCGUGGCUGAAAUCCGUGAUGAAGCGGAAACCCAAGCGCAGGAGCAGCGGAAUGCAACGCUGAAGGAGAUCUUUGAUCGGCUCGAUGACAACGGCAGCGGCUCGCUAGACCGGACAGAGGUCCGGAGCCUUUUGCAACAGCUGAACAAGGGCGUUCAGCCCACGGAACAAGAGCUGACCUUCGUCAUGAAAAUGGCAGGUGAAGGCACCAGCGUAGAGCCUGGCAAGCGAGCGGAGACCAGAAGCUUGGAGAUCGGCAAAGACAAUCUGAUGCAAGCCGUGACCUGCUGGAGGGUCUAUCAGUCCUCGUUUGCAGACGAGAAGAGCAUGGGGUCCAUCCUCUUCAAGAAGUUCGACCCCGAUGAGACGGGAUACCUGGAGCGUGACCAGCUUAAGGCCAUGCUCUCUGAUCUUGAAGGUGGCGACACGGAUGUCACUGAAGAUGACCUAGACUUUGUCCUGGACCAGGCGGAUGUGCUACAAGAUGGGAAGAUCUCCAAGAUGGAGCUGAAUCAAGCCAUUGCUGCGUGGUACCAGCGGCAAAGCCUUUUGCACAGCGAAGAGACCGCACGAGGGAUCAAGGGAUCCUCUGGUGUCGGUGUCACAGAUCCGAUGGCAGAAUGGCUCAAGGACCCGAAUCCUGGCCGCUCACCGUGGCGCAUGGAGCAGGCUGGCGACGAUGAAGCCACUUGGUCUUUGAGCGCCUCUUUGGGUUGUUUCUGGAAAAAGCCCCUUUGCGCGGCCGCGCAAGAUGACCUGGGUGGAAGUUCAUCGGAUGAGGGCACCAAGGUGAAGGUGAAGCGCGUCGUCUCGACACGUGCUGAACAGCCCGAGACGAAAGCUCCGGAAAAGGCGCCAGGCACCCAAGCAAAUCCUGAGACGAGGAAGAAAGAGAAGGUGUUUGCUUGGAUGGAUUCGGAUGAAGAGCUCGAAGAUGAAGGGGAUGAAGGUCAAGAAAACGAAGAAAAAGCGGAGGAAAAGGAGAGAGAGGAGAAAGAGGAGGUCGCCAAGACUGAGACCUCCAAGUCGAAGAGAUCCAGAUCCAGAUCUAGAUCGCGAUCCAGAUCUCGUCAUCGGGUGAGAUCAAGAUCCAGACACAGAGAAAGGGAUAAAGAUGAUGACGAGAACGCCGAUGUCAGUGCCGAAGUGCUCGACGAGGUGCAGUCCUUUGGAAAGAUGGUGAUGUUAUCGCCGGCCUUGCGUAAGAAGCUGCGGAGAAUGACGCCGGAUAACGUCGCUGCGGCUUGUCGGGCCCUGGGCCGAACCAAGUUCUUUGAUGCAGAGAUCAUCAAGGACCUGAACGAUGUGCUCAGGAGAUUGUUUCAAAGAGAUCAGCUUUCAGCGGCGCAAGCCAAUGAUGCUCUUCAAUGUCUUUGGGAGAUCAACGCCUAUGACCAGGGUGUGCUGAGUGCGUUGGCCCAGAACUUCAAGGCGAAGAUCCUCACCUUGGAGCCCGUGCUCCGACAAGCCUGGCGAGAGAUCUUCCAGAAUUUCAAGCAUGAGAGAGAUGCGGACUUCAGACAGUUGUUGGAAACUCCUCCUUUGACAGCUGUCAGUCCUGGCUACCAGAAGCUACGGUGUUUCCACCAUUCCAGAGGAUCCUGUGCGUUGGGUGACAAGGAAUGCACCUAUUCGCACGAUCCGCGCGCGCCGCUGACCUUGGAGAUGUUCUCAGUGCCAAUGCGCAGCUCGCCGUUGGUGAUGACACAGAACCAAUUUACAAUGGGCCGCUCCAUCUAUGGGGGCGCGCGCAACGGCCAGUUCACAUGA